GUGCUAGCGACAUUUGAAUCCCAUGCGAGCGCCUUUCGGAGGCGUGCACGGCUCUCAGGCAGAUAGCAUCGAUGCGCGGACUUCGCGCGCGGACCACAACUUGGCCGACCGCGAGUCUGGUGCACAGAUUCGGGGAUUGCCCGUACGUACGGUAAGAUUCUGGAUAGACGCAGUAGUGCCGCUGUCGGCCAUGACGGAAGCACACACACGUCCGCACAGCCAGGGCGAUCACUAAUGGUACAAAGAAGCGACAAGGAGCCUCCGGAUGAAGACGCUUGAUCCGCCUACAUGGGACGGCAUAGCAUGUCCAAACCUGAGCACCCAAGAAGAGAAGACGCCUCAUGGGCGCCUGCGUGAUGCCGGCAGUAGCCCGUCGAAGUAUGGCGGUGAUGGGACGAUAUGAAUACGUGCAUGUAUGCAAACUCGAAACCGAUCCGCGUUGGUGGGGCCUCACCCGUCC